UAACCAAAUUCUAGGUACAUACAUAAAAGCUUCUCCAUUGUGUUCAUUGCACACAAAUAACAGAGGAAAAAAACAGAAUAAAAAAAAACAGAGAUGGGGAAGCUGCUCUCUGCAAUUCUGAUUCUAUGUUCAAUGGUGAUUUCCGUGCCGGCGAUUCACGGCCUCGCCAAAGAUCCAAAAUCGGUAGAAAAGUGGCUCGACAACCUAACCCAUUCAAAACAAAAGCUAACAAAGCUUCACUUCUACUUCCACGACAUUGAAAGCGGAAACAACACAACUUCCAUUCAAAUCGCUCGAGCACCCAACAAUAACAGCACAUCCACAGCUGCUUUCGGUGGAAUCAACAUAUUCGAUAACGCAAUGACAGUAGGGCCUAACAUCACUUCCAAGCAGCUCGGCCGAGCUCAGGGUCUAUUCGCUGCUUCUUCGCUCGGACCACAGAGUCUACUAAUUACUAUGAACUUGUUUUUCACAGAAGGAGAGUUUAAUGGUAGCACUCUCGCGAUCGUUGGUGGUGACCCAAUAUUAGAUCAGUACCGUGAGAUGUCUGUCGUUGGUGGUUCAGGUGAGUUUCGGCUCGCACGAGGAAUCGCAACCGCCAAGACUUUCGCAAACAAUCCUGCGACGAACACUGCUGUUCUUGAGUUCCAUGUUGUAGUUAUUCAUUAUUAAGCUGUCUUCGAUUGAGUGACCAACCAUGUUUGUGUUUUUCAGUUUAUGGCGUUGUGUUAUUUUCACAUAAAUUUUUUCACAGAGAGACUACGAUCGAAUGAGUCUCACUUUUAUCAAUUUUCAAUAUUGGGCUGCGAUUGAAAUCCUCUUUUUUUUUUUUUUUUUUUUAAUAUCUAUUUUCAAAAUAAACGAUUAAUAGUUCUUGGGAAAUUCUAUGUUUGGGGUAUCUACCAUACA